GUCGCGACGUCACGUCGAAAAAGUCUAAACCCGCGGACGCGCGCGCGCAGCUAUGAAAAUCGUCGCGUGAUGCCUCGCGCGUGCUAAGCUAGUUGACCGUCGCUUCAACAAGGGCUCAGCUAAGCCGGCGAUCGAUGGUGCCGGCCGGGGCGGAGGAUUAUUACGGGCCGUACUACCACGGCGGCGGCCGGCACGGCGGUGGCGGCGGGCCGCCGCACGCGCUGCUGCUGAUGGCGGUGGUGCUGGCGCUGGCGGUCGCGGGGCCGCGGGUGCUCGGCGAGGGCGCCGGGGAGGCGAUCACCGCGGCCUUGACCGACAUGCUCAGCCCCGUGGGGCUCCUGCUGCUUCCCGUCAGCCUCGUCUUCGUCAUCCGCAUCCUCUCCGACGACCGCAGCGCCGCCGUGCUCGCCAACGUCCUCGCCUUCGGCGCCGGCGCGCCCGACGCCGUCCACCGCGUCGGGGGUUCGCCGGUGGGGGUCGUGGUCGUGCUGUUCCUCGUACUGAUGAUGGUUUACUACCGGCCGUCGUGGCUGCUCCGCGGCGGCGCCGGCGCCGGCGGCGAGGGCGACGGCGAGUAGCUGUAGCAGUGAGAAGUGUUGCAUCGGCCGCCUCGGCGACCUGAAGCUUCGACUUAGUCUUCGUGAAAUCAGUUUUAAAAGAAAAUGUAAAUUAAUUUCCUUAUGUCCUAUGCUGUAUCAAAAUCAAAGGAUAUGUUUAUAGAAUUAUAGUGCCCCUGUUGCUUCAGUUGACUAUUUCUCGACCAAAAUUGAGCUUCGGACUUUCGGGCCUAUA